CCCGGCGACCCCCGUCUGCAGCACCGCAGGCGGUCUCGCCCCUCGGGAGGGCAAGGGCCGUUGCUGGUUUGCUGGCGUGCCCGUUCCUGCUGGUGUUGGUGACGUUCGGGGGUCCUUCCCGCGGGAGGACUGUGGGCCUCGGCCGUGCCGGCGGCCGCUGUCCUGGGGGGACGCGCUAGGGCCGCGGGGCUGUUGUUGGCGGCGGCCCAGGGACUCCGGUGGGGAGGAGGGCGAGUGGCGGGGUCGAUGCGAUCGGCAGCGAUGGGGUGGUGCCAUCGGCUCUCGGCUGGCGCAGCCUGCGGCGGCGGGCGCGUGACCCACCGCCGGGAGCAGCCGGGCCGGGCCGGGCCGGGGUCCCGCGGCCUCGAGAUCCCGCGGGCGGAUCCCCCGGACCGUUCCGGGCCGGGCUGCGACACCGCGGGGACAGCAGCGCUGCGCAGGUGGGUGGUCACGGCGCGACAGCCGCUGGCCUGACGGACAAGCCCCGAGAGGUGCCGGCUCGGUAAGCACGGUGUGAUAGGUGCCGACGCGAUGAACGAAUCCCCUGCUCGGUGUGAGGGAUCUGGGUAGUGCCGGAGAAUCAGUGCUGGCAGACCUUGGGUCUGUUUUGGUUUUGUUUGUUUUGUUCUCAGCAAAGCUGCAGAGUGUUUUUAUAGGGAUGAACUGAAGUGAUUCCAAAAGGACCACGGGAUGAUGGAAGCCCUGUGGGGGGCCUCUGGUCCAGCGUCCUGCUCAGAGCAGAGACAGCUCCGAGGUCACACCAGGGGCUCGGGGCUUUGUCCCAUGAGGUCUGGAAAACCUUUGAAAUGGAGAGUACACCACUUGCUUCUCAGUUUUUCUGUCUCAUAGCGACCUUUUAUCCAGUAGGGCCCUCCCAUGUUCAGGAUGUGCCCAGUAUGUUCCAUCACUCUGCACUGCUGUUGUAAAACUCACUGCGAUGCUUGUGUUAUAUUUGGCUGCUGAAAUUGAAGCAAAAGAAGAGAGAGACUCGGGUUUAUCUCUGCCCUCCCAACAUUCCAGAUUUGGCAUAGACAACACUGCAGGAAGAAAAUGACCCACUGGUUCCAUCGCAACCCUCUGAAGGCUACAGCUCCCGUUUCAUUUAAUUAUUAUGGGGUAACCACCACUCCAGCGGCAACAAAGGUUUGCAAUGACUUGCGGUUGUCUCGAACACGGCUAUUGGAGCUGUUUACAGAUUCAAGUUGUAAUCCAGAAAUUAUGAAGAAUGCAGCUGACUUGUACUUCUCUCUUCUGCAAGGUUUUAUCCUUUCACUGGAUGACUCUUCCCAAGAAUGUAAAUUGAGAUAUAUUCAGAAUUUCAAGUGGACUGACACAUUACAAGGACAAGUCCCGAGUGCCCAGCAGGAUGCAGUAUUUGAACUGAUUUCCAUGGGAUUUAAUGUAGCUCUAUGGUACACAAAAUAUGCAUCAAGACUUGCUGGAAAAGAAGAUAUAACAGAAGAUGAAGCAAAAGGUGUGCACCGCAGCCUGAAGAUAGCAGCUGGGAUUUUUAAACACCUGAAGGAAAGUCACAUUCCAAAAUUGAUUACACCUGUGGAAAAGGGAAGAGAUUUAGAAGCUCGACUUAUAGACUCCUACAUCAUACAGUGUCAAGCUGAAGCUCAAGAAGUCACAAUUGCUCGGGCUAUUGAGCUGAAACACAGUCCAGGCCUAAUAGCUGCUCUUGCUUAUGAAACAGCCAACUUCUACCAAAAAGCUGAUCAAACAUUAUCCAGUUUGGAUCCAACCUAUGCAGGUAAAUGGAGGAAGUACUUAAACUUGAAGAGCUGUUUCUAUAUGGCCUACGCAUACUGUUACCAUGGCCAGACUUUGCUGGUGAGUGAUAAAUGUGGGGAAGCGAUCAGAUCUCUGCAGGAAUCAGAAAAAUUUUUUGCCAAGGCUGAAACAUUGUGCAAAGAAUAUGGAGAAACCAAAGGGCCUGGGACUACUGCCAAACCUUCUGGACAUCUUUUCUUUAGGAAAUUAGGAAGUUUGAUUAAGAACACAUUAGAAAAAUGCCAGAGAGAGAAUGGAUUUAUCUAUUUCCAGAAGGUGCCAGCAGAAGCUCCCCAGCUGGAAUUGAAAGCAAACUAUGGCUUAGUAGAGCCUGUUCCUUUUGAGUUUCCUGCUUUGAAUGCACACUGGACUCCUGAAACAGUUGCAGCAUUUGAUCUCACCAAGAGGCCAAAGGAGGAUGCUGAUAAACCAAAACCAGAUGAAGAAGUAAAACCUCUGAAGGAACCAAAUAUAAAGCCUCAAAAAGACAGUGGAUGCCAGAUUUCUUAAAUGCCAUAAGUGCUUUGAGUUUGCUUUGAAAUUCUAUUCACAGGACUCUGGGGCUUUUGUUCUGAUCUCCUUUUUUGAUUCUCCUCUUUUCAUUUACAAGGCUAAUUUAGUUUAUCUUUGUUAAUAUGUGUCUAUCUUGCUUUAGAUUGUGGUGGAUUUCUUGGAGAUUAUUUAUAUCUGACUUACUUUUGGUUUCAAUGGGAUAUCAUAGAAUGAGUGGGCUUAAAUGUUCUUAUUGUGCCUCUAGGGAGUUGCUUUUUGUGGGUUUAGUUUUACCCACAAAUAGCAAAGGAAGUAUAAUGGGUGUAAUGCUUGAGGGUUUUUCCAUUAUCUUAUAUGCUGUAUCAUGUCCAAUUCUGCAAACAGAAGUUUGCAUGAACAGUUAUAUUUAUUCAAGUUUUGUCGUUCAGGCUUAGAACCCUCUUGUGUUUGAAUUCAACUAUUUGUAGUGAGGGAAGAAAAUCUGGGUUUGGUUUGUAACAGUCCUAUGAUAUGUCACAGGACUUGCACAGAACUUGGCAAACUUCAAGUUCUGCAUAACAGGAGUACAAUUUAUGUUCUGAAACUAUUCGUCUCUGUUCUUUCCUCUAUAGAUGAGGGUUUUUAUAUCAGAAUUUGUAAUAAGGUACCUUAGCUUUGUGCUUUAAUCCAAAUCCCUUAGUAUCAAAGUGUAUCUGAAAAUGAUGCAGCAAGCAAUAUGGAAGUGCUUUAAAGGAAAGCAUCCCUGUCCCAUUCGUUCAGAGUUUUUGAAUCUUCAAAGCUUUGUUAAGUUUGAAGGCUGUAGAUAGUUCAAAUCCCCUGCACUGGAAUUCCUGAAGCUGUCAUGCUCAGGUAGCGUAUUUGGAAGUUGCUGUGUUUCCAGAUGGGUGGUGUCUAUAAUAAGCUGUCAGGAAAACAGGAGGGAAAGACAAGUUGAAGAGCUGAUAGCACAGCUGGGAAGCCAAGCUCUAGAUUUUCUUUAUGCCCUAUGUGUAAACAGUGCUGCUUCUCAGGUUUUGCAGUAUUGCACUAAAAUCAGGUCUUUCUGAAGAAAACUUGUGAGAAACCAAGCCCAGUCAAGGCUAAGAAAGAAUGGAUUUUGUAGAACUUGCUGCUUCUAUUUCUGCCUGCUGUGGAAAAUGUGACAGCAUUCUUUAGUGCUGAGCACUGCAAAACACCCUUGACAACAAAAAACAUCUUUCUGAUUUGUUGCAAAUGCAAAGGCAUAUGAUGCAUGUGUUGACUUGAGAGCCUUGCAAUCCCUGGGUACCGGUUGCUACACUUCUCUUGGCCUGAGAAAGAAACUGAGCAGCCUUCCAGUGAACACGAUGGCAGAUGUACUUCCUGCGAUGUAAACUGUAAACACAUUCCUCAUUUUGUACUCUUUGUUCACCUUACACUGUGCUGUGAUUCAGUGCUUCUAAAAUCCUUAAUGGGGCUUGGAGACUCUUAGCUUAGAGAGCAGGUGUGUAACUCCUUGAAGGCCUGUGAAACAAAAGCUGCCAAGGAGGUUAAUAGGGAACUCAAGACUCUUCCUGAGAUACUGGACCAAAUUACAAAAUUUGUUGAUGCAAAAGGCAAAGAGACUUUUAAUGCUGGUGAUUAUGGGUUGAUCAAAUGCAGACCUCCUUGCUUCCCAUGAUGGAUUUUUCUUUCUGUCAGAUCUGCACAUAAAACUAAGUGUAAAGUGAGCUGAAUUUCUUUGGAAGAAGUGUCUCUUCUGCAGGAGCCUAGAGGAUAAUGAGUAUCAAGAAGAAUACAUACCUGAAAUGGCUCCAUUUCUUCUGGUGCUGCACAGGGACCUGGUGUACGUUUCAUGAAGAGUUACUCAAAUCUGUUCCUAACUUGAUCAGCUGACUCAUUAGACUUCUUGCAUUGUUAAAAUACCAGCUUAGGUUUUGCCAGAGUAGACUGUGGAGAUUUUAAUUCUAAAAAUGUAUUCUAGCUGUAGUCAUCAACAUUUUCUCAGCCUGCCCCCUUUAAGGAUCAAGAUACAGUUAACUCAGUUUCAUAAUCACAAUUUUUUUAGCUGCUCAUUGUUUUUCAGAAUUCUUUGUCAAUAUAUACACAUCUCAACUGGAUUAGUUUUCUUUCUGUUCAGACUAGAUCCCAUUUUCCCUCAUCCCCUCAUUUUCCCUUCUAUCUGCUACAAACUGUGGCACAGACUUACCCUCGUUUGCUAAUGUACUUGUAGGUCCUGGGACUCAUUUCCAAUGCAGCUUUUACCCAUGGGUGGGUUCCUGUAGAGGAACAUCUUAAAAUCAAAUUAACAAAUCAUGACUAAGUCAUUCCCAAACAUCUUGGAAGGAAAGAUUAUUUUAUGGACUUGGAAUUCUUUGGACACUUUCUCAAACUGAGCUGUUUGUAUGAAUCAAGUUCACUGUAAAUAGUUUGGGGCAUAACCAAGUGAAUUGUGUCAGAUGAUGGCAUUACUUAAGCCUAGCUUAAGUAUAACCUCUUGUGCCAUAGCUGUUUCAGUAAAUAUGAUGUAGUAGUUUAAGAAUAGAAUAAUGGAACAAAUUAAUUCACUUAACAUGCAUUGCUUUUCAAGACAAACUUUAUUUACUUGUAGCUGAAAACCUGUGGUAAAUAUUGGAUGGUUUUGCCAAAAAAUAAGCUGGAGACUGUUAAGUUUGCAAAGGAGAGAGAGCUGUGAGGCAAUGAGCAGUUUUCUCUUCUGGUUUUCUUGGGUAGUAGCAGGAAUUACUAUAAAUAGGAUAUAGAUUAACUGUCCAGUAUGCUUAAGAAUAUGAGUGAAGGAACUGGGAGUUUCAGUGAAUCUGGAAACCCAGCAGCCAUGUUCCUUCUCUUAUAGCUCCCUGUAGUAAUUUUUAAGAGUGAGGUUUUUUGAGUUGUGACUUUUUAAUAUUCUAAUGCUGCAAGAGCCUGAUUUUGUGGCCUCUCUCUGGUUUUAGAAGCUGUCAUGGCUAAGCCUGCAAAUCAUGUUGGUGUAAAUAAUCUUUAAAAAUUUGUGCCCCAUCUGAAGCAGGACAGAACUGCAGCUGAAUAAAAUACGGAGUGCUGUGCCCUCUGUUUUGUGUUUUAAGAAAA